AACCGAGCGCCGGCAGCAGCGCAGCGCCGCAGGUUCUGCCGGUCACGAGCGGCGCCUCCACGUGGCUCGGGGCGGCCGGCGGGCAGCGGGCCCGGCUCCUCGCUGGUGCGGCAGCGCGGGCCAAAGGCUGGCGGCCCGCAGCGCGCAGCCGCUCCCCGUUCGCUCUCCUCUCCGCGCGGAUCGCGCCUCCUCUCCAGCGGCUGCAGCCGGCCGCGCUGCUCCGUUUCGCCCAGCGCGGGGGCGACCCGUGGGAGCUGCUGACCUGAGUGACGAGCGACCGUGGAGAUCAGACAGGAGCUUUCGGAGCCCGCUACCAAUAAGGAGCGUGGCUGUUGGCACUGUUGAUGCUAAGGGUGAUGCUGCUGUCGAGGAGGCGCUGCACGGAGCUCUGACUGCGGCGAGGCCCUGGUUCGAUAGGUCACAGGAGCGAGGCUCUUGCCCCUCCUGGUGCUCCCUGAGCCUCCAGAUGCAGCAGUGUGCACCCAGCAGAGGAUAAGAUGGAUGUCGAUUUGUCCUCAUCCCACAUCCCUCCUCCGCUGCCUCCCCCCGUUCGUUGGAUGAGGAGUCAGCGAUGCUUCGUGACUUCCUUGCUGCGGGAACAAAAGGACCUGUUGUCGAGGAUCAGGAUCUCGAUCCUAAGGACUCUCAGACCAUUCAGCAGCGACACCGAGCCGCGUCCGAAGCUGUGCUGCCUGGGCUGAGCCGUCUGGAAGAGCAGCUCGUCGGUGUUGGUGUCGCGGUCCGGGGGGAAAAGGGAGGGCGGUGUGUCUGCAGAGCGAGGAGCGUCACCUGCAGGAAGGACGGCCUCGGAGGGACAGGCAGCCUCGGCGGGCGGCGCGAUGCUGAGGGUGGUGAGGUGUUGGAUGUGGCACGGAAUCGGUGGGGGAGGAAGCUGAACACUGCUGACGUGUUUUUUGGAAGCAGGGAAGAAGGGAGGAAAAGGUGAAGGGCUUCAGAAAGGAAAGGGUGCAAUAGGGGAGAACUGAAGGCUGAGGGAAAGGAUUUAGGAAAGCGGCAUUGGCCAGGUCAGCAUUUGGUGGUCGAGGAGGGAAAAAAAGAGUCCUCCGAUCCGGAGCAGGAGCCGGAUUUAUUUCCACCCGACCUGGACGGCUCUGAUCCGGGACAGAGAUGGAAAGGGGCAACCGAGGCUGCUUAUAGAAGGAGCGAUGCUGCCAAAAUCUUUUACUGCCCCGCUUGUAUUAUGGGGAAAGGCACAGAACGGCCUGGACCAACAUCUCAACUGCCAUGGUGGAGCUAGGGAGAUUCAAUUGUUUGGCUGGCAUUGCCGAGCUACCUAACUACAAUUCAGCCUUGGAACGGAGGUAUUUGAUAGAUAAUCUCUGGAAUAUCUCAAGGCUGCACCACAAGAAUUGCAUUUGUCAGGUCAGUACAUGGCAGCGUGUUUGUAUGAUGGGUUCCUAUGAUGGACGGGAUGAAAACACUUGGGGGCGCCUGGCAGCGCGUUGUUACUUCAUGGAAUGGUUGCUGCUGUUGGGUCCUGCAGCCCUGGAGCAGGAUGCAGAAUCUCACCAUGCGGCCAAAGGCACAAAAACCAUGGGGACUCGCGUUGCUCCGGCUGCUUUUUGAUCGGGCAAGGCGUGGAAUCCCCUGGAAGCUUUGGGUCUGGAUGGAUGGCUGCAGGCCUGCUUAAAUAUGGCAUUGUGCUGUUAAUUGUGGUUUUGUCUUCUCAUUUGCAUAUCUUGCUGCUUACUAUGCAAGCAAGGCAUGAUUACGUGCAGCACUCUGCGCUCUUUGGGGGAAAAGGAAUCCCGCUGUCUGGGCCCCCAAUUCUUAUGGCCCCUUUAAAUAACAACAAAAGGGGAGACGUGGAGAAACUGCGAGGUGUUGGGGCACAGGGGAACGUUGGCCCGACGAUGAGGGGCCUCUUACGGCUGCGAGCCCGGAUGGAUUCGUUAAGCCAUAGCUGCAGGAGCUCUGUGCUUGGUCACGCUCCUGCAGAACACGGAAGGGAUACGGGGACCAAUGAUGGCUAACUGGAUCCCGCACGGCGACCUUUAUUAAACCAAUCAGCGCGUUCCCAUCCCACCAGGACCAGGCGCUGCACCGCGCGAGCAGGGAUCACACAGCAGGCAAAGCGCACAACCGAGCAGCGGCAGCGCAGCGCUGCGUGCGGCCCCGCGGGGCUCCGCCGUUCAGGAGCGCAGCCGCCCCGCGCAGGGAGGACGCAGAGCGCAGUGCAAGCGCCCAGGGCUUCCUCACGGCCCCGCCGCCCCCCACAGCAGCAGCGGUCAGGGACCCCCACGCGGCACCCCCUGUGCGCUCGGCUCCCAUCCGGGUGCGGCUGAACGGGAAACUUCCAAGGGAAGAAGCGGGGAAUUUUGGAGCGCGUUGCGCCGCUUCGGCGCCGGCUCCGCGCCUCCCCCGCCCACCGGGGAUCCCGAAGUCAAAACUCAGCCAAAGAUGAGGCAAAAUCCUCCAAAACGCACCGAAACCCAAACGCUCGGCCGUGAGCUCCGCUGCCAGAAGGGGCUCCUUUCCCAGGCGAAGCCGAGCAGCCGCUCCCCGCCCCGUCCCUGCGCCCAAUUCACUUCCAAAGCGGGCGGGCAGACAGCAGGACGCCGCGGCCCGCAGCCCUUCCUUCGGCGUGGCUCUGAGUCACCCUCCCACGUCAGCCCGUCCCCGGCUCGCCCUCCUGGCACCGCUCAGCUCUGACAGCAGCCCUUCCCCCCCCCAGCAGUGGCCCAGGAGCUCCGGCACACGCCACGAAGGCGCCGACCCCGCAAACCCACCCUUGGGCUGAAGGGCUCUGCAGGUUCAGAGAGUCCUGGCAGCUUUAAACCAAACCAGCUGCAGAACUGGGAAAAGCUCUGCGGGGAGAGGGCGGCUCUGCCGGGUUUGGACCGAAGCAGAGCAGUCAGACCCCGCCUUCCCGGGGCGUUAUGGCAAUAAAGGCACCGCGACCCGGCAGCUUUAUAAUGAGCCCGUCCCCUUUGCCCCCCAGGAGCCCAAGGAGUGCAGCGCUCUUGGAAAGGAAGACCCACAAGGGAAGCAAAUGGGUGCGCAGCGCUCAAAGGCAAACUGAAAGCUCAGAGCUGUGAAGCACGAAAACAAAGAGGAAUUCAGGCCUGGAGCCAGGGAAGCAAAGCACUCAAACAGCCAAGCAGCAGCAGAGCGCUCUCAAAGGAGCGCGGGGCCCAAAGCGAAGCAGCGCUGAAGCGCUCUGCUGGACGGAGGCCAUGAAGUCGUCCUGCGCUGCUGCCCCGCUCCUUUCUGCGCAAAACCACGGCGUCCUGCAGCCACAGCGGGGAGGAGCACAUCCAGCGUCGCCAGGAGGUGCACGUGGUGAUGGGCAACGAGGCCUGCGACCUGGACUCCACCGUGUCUGCCCUGGCGCUGGCCUAUUUCCUGGCAAAGACCUCCGUGCCACCCAGAGCCGCCUUCAUCCCGGUGCUGAACAUCCCACGCGCCGACUUCGCCCUCCGCACGGAGACGACGUUCCUGCUGCGGGAGCACAGCAUUCCGGACUCCUCGCUCAUCUUCCGCGAUGAAAUCGACCUGGCGGGGCUGCACAGCGCCGGGCUGCUCUCACUGACCUUGGUGGAUCACCACGUCCUGCCCAGCGCCGACGCAGCCCUGGAGGAGGCCGUGGUGGAUGUGCUGGACCACCGGCCGCUGGAGCGGGAGUGGGCACCCAGCUGCCAGCUCACGGUGGAGCUGGUGGGCUCCUGCGCCACGCUGGUGACGGAACGGAUCGCCCAGGGCCCCCCAGGCGUGCUGGACCGGACCACGGCCGCGCUGCUGCACGGCACCAUCCUGCUGGACAGCGUGAACCUGAGCCCUGCGGCCGGCAAAGUGACGCCCCGCGACGUGCGCUGCGUCUCCCUGCUCGAGUCGCGCUUCCCGGAGCUGCCGCCCCACGACAGCAUCUACGGAGCUCUGCAGGCAGCCAAGUUCAACGUCUCAGGGCUGACGACGGAGCAGAUGCUGCGGAAGGACCUCAAGACCGUCUCUGGUGAUGAACAAGUCCUCGCCACCAGCGGCAUCUACAUGGACAUAGAGCUCUUCCUGCGCCGCCCCGGUUUGCUGCAGGACCUGGAAGCGUUCUGCCAGGCUCGUGGCUACUCCGUGCUGGUGGCCAUGACGGUUUCCUUUAACGAGUGCUAUGAGCCUAAGCGGCAGCUGGCGGUGUACAGCCGGCAUGAAGCCCUGCGGAGCACGGUGUGCCGUGCGCUGGAGGAGGCCACAACCCCGGCGCUGCAGCUGCAGGCCCUGCCCAGCCCCUGGCCCUGCAUCAGCGCCUACACGCAGGGCAACACGCUGGCCUCCAGGAAGAAGGUGCUGCCCAUCCUGCGGGCCGCUCUGGGGGGGACGCCGGGCACCGUGGCGGGGAUGGAGGAGGAGGUGGCCCCCCCACCCACCCCGAUGAACAGCCUGGUGGAAGAGAGCCCAUUGGCACAGGCUGUGCCCCCCGUCUGCCCCCAGGCUGUGCUGGAGCGGGUCAGCCGCAUGGCCGCCGAGCAGCCGCCCCCCGACUGUGACAAGUGAGGGGCCGAGGCGGCGCUGGGGUGCUGUGGGGUCCCGUCCCCAGCACGGAGCCGCUGCUUCCUCUGAGCCCGGCUGGCUGCCGCAGCCCCCUCCUCACUGCCAACUGCCCCAGUGCCCCCCCCUUCCCACCGGGGUUGGUGCUGUGGGGCCGCAAGGAGCCGGGCAGCACACGGCCCAUGAAGGCACCGGGGCUGUUAAGUAAUUCUUCCCCUCCUGGCCGCUGGGGGCUGAAAUGCUGCAGCUGGGCACACGGCUGCCUGGAGGCCGUUAGCUGCCAUUUCAGUACUAAAUUUGCCUCUUCCCCCCACUGCUGGCUGUCGGUUUUUCUUCAUUAAUCCCCAGUGCUGCCCCACAACCCCGCAGGUUGUGCUGCACGGCCCCGCAGGCGCCCCCCCUCCUGGGCUGGGUUGGGGGAGUGACGGAGCCAAACCCCCACAUCCAGCCCCGCAUCCCCCCACACUGAGCGGCCUGGGCAGCCCGCGGGCCCCAUCUCUGCCUAGCACAAGAUUUUAUUUCAAAGGUGGGGUUUUGUUGUUUUUCCAGUGGGUUUUCCAGGGGGAUAAAAACUGACUCAAGCAUCCGUGCUCACCGUGGGGCUGAGCAGCCCGGCAGCCCGGGAGCACAGGGGAGGGAAGGGGAGCUCGGCUGCCCGCGUGGCUCCGGCCUCUCGUUCAUCUCGUUCCUGUUCAGCCCCGGCGCGAUUUGAACUAUGUACACGUGCGCCUGAAUUGGGAACCUGAGAGUCCCUCCUUCCUGGGGGAGCAGCCGGUGCCGGUGAAAGCCUGGCGGUAGCGGGAGAGGCCAAGUGGGGGAUUUUGAGCUUUCAAAAAA